GCCAGAAACCACCAUUAGUGACAGAAGAACAGCCAUCAUCAGUUCAAUCAGUGACACUUCUCAGGGCUAUGGUGCCCUCUAUUGGUUGACACCAGACAUUGCAGCCAAAGCUUUGAGACUUUGAAGGAAUGCCUGUUUAGCUUUGUAUUUGUUUGAAUCUUCUUUAUGCAAAUAAAUAGCUACUUUUGAGUAAGAUAUUUAUGUACUUUUAAAAAUCUUCAGAACAUAGAGGAUAUAAAAGUCCCUGUUUUUUCUUCUUACUUUUAUGGUUUUGUUGAAUUGAUGCUUCAAAGAUUUUGAGAAAUACAUUUUAAUGUUUCUAAUUUAAUCUAUCUUUUCUGUAAGACAAACUUUUAUUUUAUUAUUGCAGAAGACAAAUGUAAUCCAAUAAAUCUGCCGUUUCAGUCACUGGUUUCUACAUUUAGGGCAGUGAGACAUGCUUUGAUGUGGUUUUGGGAUGAAAUCCAGGGAUUAAAUGAAAUUAAAAAAAUAAAAUGCAAACACUCUUCUUAUCAAGUAUUGGCUUUUGUGCUGGAGAAUGUCAGAUAAGUUAUGAGCUGAGGUUGAAAAUGUAAAAAAAAGAAGGAGCAGUAAAGGGAAAUCAUUGAAAUUUGACCUAAAACUCAAAAAUUCAUCAAAAGUUUGAGGCCGUCUGGCUUUCACGUCAUGUCAUGUUAAAUAUUCACACUUUACAAAAGUAAAAAUGCUCUGUCUACAAGUGAGGCAGAAUUGAGACAGUCUUUGCAUUUACUGACGCUGCCAAGCAAUGAAAAUGUGAAACGUGAAAGAAAAUACUUUCCUCCAGUCUAAACUGUAACCUGUAGUUUUUUUGUGAAUUCAAGACUUUUAUUUGGAUUUUAUCAUAUUUUUUUUAAUAGCGCUAAAUGCUUCCUAAUUAAUAUAGCUAUUACGUUACUGAGUUUGUCUACAGACUUUGCUGGGGUUCCUUGGAGAUAUAAAAUAUAUUCUGAUGCUGUGAUUUUGAUCAUGCCUUCUGUAAAACAAAGAGAAGGUAUAAUAAACUUCUACUUUGUCUUACACUUUUUUCACCUUGAUAUCACAAGAUAUGACUAAACCUUUUCAAUUCUUUCAACAAGCUGUAAAUUGACAUUGAAAAUAAUAUGGUUCUGUGCUUUUCCAGGUCUGCUUUUCCAGAUGAAAUCAAACAAAUGUCUAAUGUACAAAUUGGGCAAAUUAACAUCCAUGUUGUGGAUCCUGCUGAUGCGUAAAUUUUCAGAUUAAAUUGUUUCACAUUACUGAACUCAGCUAAAUCAAAGAGGUGCUAUCCAUCUGAAAAGCUGUUAGCCUACAGUAGCUCUGUAGACUUCUUAAUUUUUCUACAAGCUCACUGAAAUAAGAAAUCCCCCUGCUACAGCCAUGGAUGGUAUGUUGGAAGGAGCGGUGGUGUUGUCUACAUGUAAACUGGUCUGCGGUUUUCUCGUCCUGCCGUCUCUGGCUGCGUCCCACAGUCCUGUCAGCUUCUGCUGCUGCUCCCUCUUGAUCUUCACAGACUUCCUGGUCACAGGUUUCCUGAGUUUCCUUUGCGUCUUGAAGUUCUGGCUGACUGAGAUGAACCCACCAGGUGACGUCAUCGCCCUACGUUUCCUGCUCUUCCUCAGCCACACCUACGGAGCCGUGCUGCUCCUCACCACCUUUCUGACCGCCACGGAGACCUUGAUCAGGUUGCUGUGGCCGCAUGCUGCAGCUGAUCCCAGGACGAUUUUCUGUAAUAGUGAGGAGGAAGAGGACGGCAGCGUCUCAGAUGAAGGCGAAAGCUUGCCACAGGUGGUGGGGUUCUUCUGCUGCCUGUCGGUGUGGAUCGCCGUGGCGUUCAGUGUCCGGUGGCACUGGCAGCUGGAGGAAGGGUGGACGGUGGCUUGUCUGGACAAAACCGACUCUCUCAUCAGAUGUCUUCCAAACCUCUUCAGUCCCAUGCACAGAGUCAUGGAUCCCUACUGGAGCCUGGCCUUCCUGGUUCUCCUCGGGCUGCUGCUGACCGUCAGCACGGGACUGCAGAGGAGAAACCAGACCUCUGCAGAACCAAAGAGAACACAACGGUACGAGGACGGAGCGGCGCCUGCAACCUCCAAGCCACUUCAUCCAGAAAUGUUUACCUCAAAGUGUGUUGAUGGAGACUUUCCCCUCAUCUCCCAUGACUGUUUGUCUGAAGAGAUGGGAAGACAGGAAUUCAAGAGGACUCAGAAACAUGUUCCCCUGGAUUUAGCCAGAGAGCAGAGCUUAGAUCUGAAUCAAACCCGCCUGAGGAGACGGAAUCGGUGGGGUUUUCCAAGCCUGGAGGAGAAUACAGUAAUAGCGCUUGUUAGCGUGCUCUGCAUGUUCACACUUCCCUUCUACCUCAGCGUGAACACUUUUCUAAUCAGGACUAUAGACUCUGUGCUGAAUGGAUGCAUCAAGUUUUUAAUUUCGUCUGUGGCCAACAGCAGAGACAUGUCGUCCUCUCUCAGAGUCUCACAGGUUUAACAAAACAAAGCCAGACUUCAGCCGAUGAGUGUUUGCAGCAGAACCAUGAAGAGUGGUCCCAGUGUGCAGACGGCUGUUCUACCUGUUGACGCUGCUCUGACAGGAGAGUAAACACACCUUCCCAGGCAGCUUUUCACAUGUUGGGGAUAGUAUUUGUAGAGUGCAGAGAGGUACUGAGGAGGCAGGUCGAGGCGUGCUUGCAGAGAGACACCAAGCACUUCUUAAGCUCCUCGGGGCAUCGCUUUCCUCAGACGUUUGUCUUUGCACAAAGCCACAGUUUAAGUGAGACUGAUCCAGGGGCAAACAGCAUCUUGCAAUGUGUAACAUGAAGUUUGCUGAUGCUGCCUGACAUGAAGAUAUAUGUAAUGAAAACCAAGGGACUCGAGGGCAAACAGAUGGAGUUUUUCCUGUUAUUAUUAUGGAGUCAUUCAGACCGUCUCUGUGCCUUGAAAAUCAUCCAUGUUUGUUUUUUACAUUUUGCCUUAAUGAUAUUUGAGUGGGAUGUUAAGGGAGAGACCAGCACAAAGUUGUGUAUGAAGUGAAAUAAAAAAUGAGAAGUUUUCAUCAA